GUUAUACACAGCUCGUCCGACCACAACAUGAGUGACAACGCAGAGUACAAGGAGGCCUUCGCGCUCUUCGACAAGCGAGGCACAGGCGCAGUCCCGCGCGAAGUCCUCGGUGACCUCCUGCGUGCCCUUGGCCAGAACCCAACACAGGCUGAGGUCGCGGAGAUCGUCGCAUCGGCACCCAAGGACGUCGACUACAAGACGUUCUUGACGAUUCUGAACCGGCCAGACGGCUUCAAGCCUGCGGGAACGCCAGAGGAGUUCAUUCGCGGAUUCCAAGUAUUUGAUAAGGAAGGCAACGGGUUCAUUGGUGCAGGCGAGCUGCGCUACGUGCUUACGCAGCUGGGAGAGAAGAUGUCAGACGAGGAGGUUGACGAGCUACUGAAGGGUGUGCAGAUAGGCCCUGACGGCAACGUGAACUAUGAGUCUUUCGUGCGCACGAUUUUAAGUCAAUAGAUUCGGAUGUAUCUUACUCUGGUGCGAUGUGUUUGCUCUCGCAUGCCGCCUGCUUAUUCCCUCACGAUUUUAUCUUGCAUGGAUUGCUCCAUUCGUCAUGUUCUGCUUUAAUACCAACACAACGUAAUCAAAUC